AUGAGUUUAUCUAAUGAUUUAUUAGAUGUCAAACAUGGUCUAGAAACUAGAAUUGAUCCAUUUAUUGGGUACUCAUGGUUUCCUGAGUCCGAUAAUUUGUACUUAUCUCAUCUACACGAGAUCUUCUACAGUUUCCUGUUUUAUACUAUCUGUUACAAUGUUUUUGCACCAAAAAUUAAUAAAAUCGUGUUUGGUAAAUAUUACACAGAUCUGCCGGAAAAGAAAGACAAGAGAGACUAUGAUAUUCACACUGUCUCCAUGAUUCAAUCUGCUGUUUCCUAUGCUAUGCUUCCAUUCUCUCUUUUUGUCUCUAAGGAUUUGAAUGUUGCAAUAUACUACGACCAUUUAUGCACAAUGGUAUCCUCCUUGGCUUUAGGUUAUUUCAUUUGGGAUAUCACCGCAUGCGUAGGCCAUUACGACAUUUCUGGUUCUGCGUUUAUCAUUCAUGCUAUCGUGUCCAGUUACAUCGCAGGUGUUACAUUGAUCCCAUUGUUUCAACCUUGGAUUGGAGCAUUUUUAGCAUUCGAAGCGAGUACUCCAUUCGUAAACGUUCAUUGGUACGUAUCCCAAAUUUCUGCCUUUGCUAAAAGACAUGGUCAAAAAUCGCCAAUCCCAUCAUGGAUAGGUACUGCCAAUGGUUUAUUUUUAAUGCUGGUGUUCUUUGCAGUUAGAAUUGUUUGGGGAAUAAGUGCAACAACAAAGUUAUACUCACAAAUCUAUUUAGCAAGAGAUCUCGUCCCUAAAAUCCCAACGGCAAUUUUCUUAUGCGUACACAUCACUUUGAACUUCUUGAACAUUUACUGGUUCUCAAAGAUGUUGGCAGUUGCCAAGGGCGUUCUAUUUGGCAAUAAAAAGGACAAACAAGCAUAA